AUGGACCAAUCGAUCGAUGUAGGUUACGACUACGUAGUAGACCAGCAGCCGAUAGGCAAGCUGCUGUUCCGACAGUUCUGCGAGAGAAACAGGCCUCAAUACCACAAAUACAAUAACUUUCUAGAUGCGUUUUGCUUGCAGACAGACAGGUAUGAGGUGGAAGUGGAUGAGACGCGUGCGAUGCUCGCGGCCGAGGUCUUCGGCAGGUACCUGAAGACUGACGACUGCGAGGCUGUCACCGACGUCGUCAGCCGGCAGGUCAUCGAUGAAGCCAGCGCUACUAUUGAUGGCGGCUCUAAAGACAUAUUCAUAGAAUGCGUGCGAUGCGUGAAGAGUUUCCUAGCUGGUGCUCCGUUCGCGGAGUUCGAGCGUUCCAUGUACUUCCACCGGUACCUGCAGUGGAAGUGGCUGGAGGCGCAACCGGUCACCCAGCACACCUUCAGGAUGUACCGGGUCCUCGGCAAGGGCGGGUUCGGAGAGGUCUGCGCUUGUCAGGUCCGAGCGACGGGCAAGAUGUACGCUUGCAAGAAGUUGGAGAAGAAACGCAUAAAGAAACGCAAGGGGGAAGCGAUGGUGCUGAUCGAGAAGCAGAUCCUCCAGCGGAUCAACUCGCGUUUUGUCGUCAACCUCGCGUACGCGUAUGAGACCAAGGACGCGUUGUGUUUAGUUCUCACUAUUAUGAAUGGCGGCGACCUGAAGUUCCACAUCUACAACAUGUGCGGGGCGGACACGGGGCUCGGCCUGGAGCGCGCGCGCUUCUACGCCGCGCAGGUCGCCUGCGGCCUCGAGCAUUUACACAAGAUGGGCAUCGUCUACAGGGAUUGUAAGCCGGAGAACAUUUUGUUGGACGAUGCGGGCCACGUGCGUAUAUCGGACCUCGGGCUGGCAGUGGACGUGCCCGAGGGGGGCAGCGUCAGGGGCAGGGUCGGCACCGUUGGGUAUAUGGCACCCGAGGUGAUAGACAACGAGAGGUAUACCUUCAGCCCCGACUGGUUCUCCUUCGGCUGCCUCGUGUACGAGAUGAUUGAAGGUCGCGCCCCCUUCCGAGCGCGCAAGGAGAAGGUCAAGAGGGAAGAGGUCGAUAGGAGGGUUAAACACGAGCAAGAGAAGUACUCGUCGAAGUUCAGCGAGUGCGCGCGGUCGCUAUGCGGCGCGCUGCUGGCCAAGUCGUGCGGCGCGCGCCUCGGCUGCUCGGCCGGCCGCCGCGGCGCCGCGCUCGUCAAGGCGCACCGCUUCUUCGCCAGGCUCAACUGGGCGCGCCUCGAGGCCGGCAUGGUCGACGCGCCAUUCGUGCCCGACGUACGUAUCACUUACUUCCUUAUUGGCUGCUCGGCCGGCCGCCGCGGCGCCGCGCUCGUCAAGGCGCACCGCUUCUUCGCCAGGCUCAACUGGGCGCGCCUCGAGGCCGGCAUGGUCGACGCGCCAUUCGUGCCCGACGUACGUAUCACUUACUUCCUUAUUGGCUGCUCGGCCGGCCGCCGCGGCGCCGCGCUCGUCAAGGCGCACCGCUUCUUCGCCAGGCUCAACUGGGCGCGCCUCGAGGCCGGCAUGGUCGACGCGCCAUUCGUGCCCGACGUACGUAUCACUUACUUCCUUAUUGGCUGCUCGGCCGGCCGCCGCGGCGCCGCGCUCGUCAAGGCGCACCGCUUCUUCGCCAGGCUCAACUGGGCGCGCCUCGAGGCCGGCAUGGUCGACGCGCCAUUCGUGCCCGACGUACGUAUCACUUACUUCCUUAUUGGCUGCUCGGCCGGCCGCCGCGGCGCCGCGCUCGUCAAGGCGCACCGCUUCUUCGCCAGGCUCAACUGGGCGCGCCUCGAGGCCGGCAUGGUCGACGCGCCAUUCGUGCCCGACGUACGUAUCACUUACUUCCUUAUUGGCUGCUCGGCCGGCCGCCGCGGCGCCGCGCUCGUCAAGGCGCACCGCUUCUUCGCCAGGCUCAACUGGGCGCGCCUCGAGGCCGGCAUGGUCGACGCGCCAUUCGUGCCCGACGUACGUAUCACUUACUUCCUUAUUGGCUGCUCGGCCGGCCGCCGCGGCGCCGCGCUCGUCAAGGCGCACCGCUUCUUCGCCAGGCUCAACUGGGCGCGCCUCGAGGCCGGCAUGGUCGACGCGCCAUUCGUGCCCGACGUACGUAUCACUUACUUCCUUAUUGGCUGCUCGGCCGGCCGCCGCGGCGCCGCGCUCGUCAAGGCGCACCGCUUCUUCGCCAGGCUCAACUGGGCGCGCCUCGAGGCCGGCAUGGUCGACGCGCCAUUCGUGCCCGACCCACACGCGGUGUACGCCAAAGACGUGCUGGACAUAGAACAGUUCAGCACGGUGAAGGGCGUGAACCUGGACGCCGCGGACGAUACCUUCUACGGCAAGUUCAACACGGGCUCAGUCAGCAUCCCCUGGCAGACUGAGAUGAUUGAGACCGGCUGCUUCGCUGAACUCAAUGUCUUUUCUAGAGGUGAGGAUGGCAAGGAGUGUGCUACAGUAGACCUGCAACUAGUCCCGGCGACCACUACGCCCGAGGAGGAGAAGGGCUGCUUCUUAUUUGCCAGAAGGGUAUUAUGUCCACAAAAGAAGGUAUCAGCGCGCCUCCGCGCCGUGCCGGUACCGGAGCACCUGUUACUGCCGUCGUCCCCCGCGCCGCCCGCGGUGACCUGCCCGCCGGCGGCGGAGGCUGCGCCCCCCGCGGCGGUAGCGCCCCCUGCCGCACUGAGCUGA